AUGCAAGAAGAGACAUUUGUUGGUAUUGAUUUAGGAACGACAUUUAGUUGUUGUCACUUCUUUAAUACUCAAACAAAAAAAUAUGAAUGUAUCAAUUACUUAAAUGGAAGUUCAACAAUUCCAUCAACCGUUGAUUUUUUCACACAACCUGUUAAUGUUGGAAUUCCUAAGCCUACUUCCAUCUGUGAAGUAAAAAGAUUUAUUGGAAAGAAAUUUGAUGAUGAACAAGUUCAAGAAGACAUUAAAAGAACAUAUUACCCAUAUCAAAUAGUUAAAGCGGACGAUGGGUAUUGUCAGAUUGUGCUUGACUAUCCUGAUAAAGAAGAAGAAGAACUAAUUGAACCAGAAAUUGUUUCAGCUAUUGUGUUAAAAGCAAUUAAAAUUGAAAUUCAACGUAGAUUAAGUAUUAGAGAUGAUGCAGUUUUAAAAGCAGUUGUAACUGUUCCUGCAUACUUUGAUGAUUCUCAAAAAGAUCGAACCAAAAAAGCCGUGUUGAUGGCAGGAUUUAGUUUAAUUCGAUUGUUGGCUGAACCAUCAGCAGCUGCAUAUGCAUAUGGAUUAGAAAGUACGGGAAAUAAAACAUAUCUUGCAUUUGAUCUUGGAGGAGGAACACUUGAUGUUACUAUAUUAGAAAAGAAAGGAGAAGAGUUUAAAUUUAAAGCAACUGGUGGUGAUGUUCAUUUAGGAGGAUUAGAUUUUGAUAUGAAUUUAAUGGAACUCGUUAUAUCUAAAAUGAAAGAAAUUAAUGAGAAGAAAGCACAAAGAUUUAUUUUGAAAGGAAAUGAUAGUCGAACACAAAAAAAAGCAAAGAAACAACGAAGAUAUAAAUUAAGAAAAGAAGUUGAAAAAGCAAAGAUUGAGUUAUCAUCAACUAGUUAUUAUGAAUUAGAUAUUUCAGAAUUAGUUGGUGAUGAUGAUUUUAUUAUUAGUAUUGAUAGAACUGAAUUUGAAGAUUGUAACCAAAAAGAAUUUGACCGAUGCAUGAAGUGUGUUGAUGAUAUAUUGGCGAAGACAAAACUCUCACCAUCAAAAAUUGGAGAGGUUAUGCUUGUUGGAGGAAGUUCACAAAUUCCUAGAAUCAAAGAGUUAUUAGAAGCCAAGUUUACAACAUCAAAAAUCAAUGAUACUAUUGAUUGUAAUUUGGUUGUAUCACAAGGUGCGGCUCGAUAUGCAUUUGAAUUCUCUACGGGAAUGAUUAAAAGUAUUACAGAAGUAACUGCACAUCCCAUCAAGAUGGCAGGGGUUGAUGGUAAUCUCACUAUUGUUGAAGAUGGAACAGAGAUUCCACAUGACCAUCCACUAUAUAUUGAAGUCACUGGAUGGAGUGUACAAACAGAAUUAUUUGAAGAUGAUAAAUCAUUAGGGCACUAUGUCAUUAGCAAUAUUCCAAAAGGAGAACAAUUUGUAGUUUUUGUUGUAAAAGUUGAAGAGGAUGGUACAAUUACUGUUGGUGGAGAACUUUCAAAUGGAAGGAAAUGUGAAUGCAAAGCACAAAUAGAAAAGAAAUCAAAUAACGAAGAAGAGAUUACAAUUGAGAAAGAGAAGAUAGAUAAAUUCUUUGCUCAAAAUUGA